GUCGGCACACAACUCCGGCCCAGUGUAAGCACAGCAACCUCUGUCUUGUUCUUGUUCUCUAUUUUAUACCUUUGCGAUUAAGCUAAUCGAUCUUCACCAUGGCGAUUAGCAAGAAGUCGGGGAAGAAGGGCGGCGUCGCGCCAACCGUUGCGAAACCCGUGAAGAAGACAGCUGGGCAGCAGUUCGUCAAGGCAGACUGGAAGGAAGGAUUCAAGAAGAAGCAGACAGGAGUCAGCGACAUGACCCUGUUGACGACCAUCUCGAAUGAGGCCGUGAACGAGAACCUACAAAAGAGAUGGCUAAACGGCGAGAUCUACACAUAUAUUGGUGCCGUACUGAUCUCUGUUAAUCCAUUCCGAGACUUGGGUAUCUAUACGAAGGAUGUCCUCCAGUCGUACAAGGGCAAGAAUCGGCUAGAGAUGCCACCUCACGUCUUCGCCAUUGCCGAAUCUGCCUACUACAACAUGAGCGCAUACAAGGAGAAUCAAUGCGUGAUCAUCACCGGCGAGUCAGGCGCUGGCAAGACCGAGGCAGCGAAGCAGAUCAUGGCAUAUAUCGCCGCUGUUUCUGGAACAGGAGAGGGCGCGGAUGGAGGACAACGGAUUGGGGAGAUUAAGGAGAUGGUUCUUGCUACGAAUCCGUUGCUGGAGAGCUUCGGGUGUGCGAAGACAUUAAGGAACAAUAACAGCAGUCGACAUGGAAAGUAUCUCGAGAUCAUGUUCAACGAGAGAGGAGAACCUGUCGGAGCGCAAAUCACAAACUACUUGCUGGAGAAGGGCCGAGUUGUUGGGCAGAUCGAUAACGAGCGUGAUUUUCAUAUUUUCUAUCAGUUCACGAAGGGAGCAAGCGAUGAGCAACGAGAAAUGUUCGGUUUGCAAGGGCCUGAGUCGUAUGUCUAUACCAGCCGAAGUAAAUGCCUCGAUGUACAAGGCAUUAAUGACGUGAAGGAUUUUGCAGACACUAUUAAAGCGAUGGGUGUCAUUGGACUCUCGCAGCAAGAGCAGACGGAAAUCUUCCGCGUUCUCGCAAUCGUUCUCUGGCUCGGGAAUGUUCAAUUUGAGGAGAUGGAUGAUGGCAACGCGCGCAUCGCUGAUAAGGGUGUGACAGACUUCAUCGGAUACUUGAUGCAGUGCGAGGGCGCUGCUGUUGAGAAGGUGCUUAUCCAGAAGAUCAUGGAGACUCAAAGGGGUGGGCGGAGAGGCUCUGUAUACGAGGUUCCUCUCAACCCCGCUCAGGCGAGUGCAGGACGCGAUGCAUUAUCUAAAGCGCUAUACAACAACCUGUUCGAAUGGAUCGUUCAGCGUGUCAACGUCUCUCUUGCACCACAGACCAGCCACUCACAGCUGAUCGGUGUACUGGAUAUCUACGGUUUCGAAAUCUUUGAAGAUAACUCGUUCGAACAGCUUUGUAUUAACUACGUCAACGAAAAGCUCCAGCAGAUCUUCAUCGAGCUGACUCUUAAGACCGAGCAAGAGGAGUACGUACGUGAGCAGAUCAAAUGGACCCCUAUCAAGUACUUCAACAAUAAGGUUGUCUGCGACCUGAUCGAGGAACGCCGUCCGCCAGGAAUCUUCGCCGCGCUCAACGAUGCAUGCGCUACUGCACACGCCGAUCCCGCUGCUGCUGAUCAGUCGUUCAUUCAGCGCCUGUCUGUGCUCUCAUCUAACCAACACUUCGAGUCUCGCGGAGACAAGUUCCUCGUGCGCCACUACGCCGGAGACGUGAUGUACAACAUCCCCGGUAUGACAGACAAGAACAAGGACCAGCUCGUCAAAGACAUACUGGACCUCAUGGACAAGAGUGGGAACACCUUCCUCCACACGAUAUUUCCCGACCGCCCUGAUCCUAACAGCAAGAAGCGCCCUCCUACAGCAGGUGAUAGGAUCAAGUCAUCAGCCAGCGCCCUUGUGGAGAACCUGAUGCGUGCUCAGCCGUCUUACAUUCGCACGAUCAAGCCGAACCAGAAUCGCAGUUCGUCAGAAUAUGAUGUCAAGGCCGUGCUCCAUCAAAUCAAGUACCUCGGUUUGCAGGAGAAUAUUCGCGUGCGCCGUGCGGGCUUCGCAUACAGAAAUACGUUCGAGAAGGUUGUUGAACGGUUCUAUCUGUUGAGCAAGGCUACUAGCUAUGCUGGUGACUAUAUCUGGCAGGGAGAUCCCAAAUCAGGUUGCGAGAAGAUCUUAAUUGAUACUGGUAUUGCGAAAGAUGAGUGGCAGAUGGGUGUCACGAAAGCAUUCAUCAAGAACCCGGAGACACUGUUCGCAUUAGAGACUAUGCGUGAUCGCUACUGGCACAACAUGGCCGCCCGCAUCCAGCGCGCCUGGCGCAACUACUGGCGUUACAAGAACGAGUGUGCACGCCGCAUCCAGCGCUUCUGGAAGAACAACAAGGAGGCCAUUGUCUACGCGCAGGCGCGAGAUUAUGCUAACACGAUCUUGGCUGGAAGGAAGGAGAGGAGGCGAAUGUCCAUUUUGGGAAGCAGGAAGUUCUUGGGCGAUUAUCUUGAUGUAGGCAAAGCCGAUCCCUUGAUGUUGAAAGGAUCUGCCGGUCUUGCAUCUGGCGAGACUGUUGCCUUUAGCUGUCGUGCAGAAGUUCUCAUCUCCAAAUUUGGGCGCACUAGCAAGCUUACUCCUCGAUUCCUCGUUCUUACUGACAAGGCGGUGUACAUUCUUGCUGCUGUCGCUCAUGACGGACAACCCGUCGUACAGUUGCAGCGGAAAAUGCCACUUGUUACGAUAAAGAGCGUCUCACUGUCGAACCUGCGGGAUGACUGGUUUGCACUCAACGGCCCCAUCUCGGAUGAGGGCGACCCUCUCAUGACAUGUGUACUGAAGACCGAGUUUGUCGCCGAUCUCGUCAAGCUCAGCAAUGGAAGCAUGAACGUCCACAUCGGUCCGACCAUCGAGUACAACCAGAAGAAGGACAAGAAACGAGUGAUCAAGUUCGUGAAGGAUGAAAACUCGCGUGGUGAUCCCUAUAAGAGCCAAACCGUCUCUGUUACCACUGGCGAACCAACCAAUAGCGUGCCCCGGCCUCUGCCCAAGCCCAAACCAGGGCAAGUACGUCCGAUCACGUCCGGCAAGUUGCUCAAGGCUGGUGGCCCCUCGUCGAAGCCAUCCUCCACAUCAAAGCCCAAGCCACAAGCGCUUCCUGGACACAGUGUUCCUAUAGCAUCUGUCAAGCCUGUCAUACCUGUAGCUGUCAGUGCCGCUGCACAGCCUGCAAGCACUUCAGCUGUCAAGCGACACUCGAUGGCUCCGCCUCCCCCGCCGCCUCCUCCUCCUGUGGCUACCGCUCCAGAGGUGCCGAUGUAUAAGGCGCUGUUCGACUUUACGGGUCAAGAAGGGGAAAUGUCAUUGAAGAAGGGCGCUUUGGUCGAGGUAGAGGAGAAGGACGACAACGGCUGGUGGCUCGUCAAGCUCAACGGCAAGGAAGGCUGGGCGCCGUCCAACUACCUCGAACUUGUCCCUCCCAAGUCAAAAGCCCCACCUACCCCGCCCGCGCCCGCUCGCCGCCCUCCUCCAGCAGCACCUCAAGCAGUUCCAGUCGCAGCAUAUAUCCCCGCUGCCCCCAAGCCCCCGCCUGCACCGGCCAUGCCUACGCAGAACGGACUUCCGAGCGGGAUGAAUCCUGCAGCAGCGGCGAUCAAGGCUGCUGCUGCAGGGGGAGGGUUAGGCAAGCCAUCGGGAAUGACCCCUGCGGCAGCGGCGAUUAAAGCUGCCGCAGCAGGGCGAGACGGAGCAACCGGAGGGUUAAAGCAUGUCAAGCCACCAACGGCACCCACAGUGCCCACAGUGCCCACAGUGCCCAAAGUGCCCAAAGCGCCCGGUCCGCCUGUAGCAACCAAGCCCAAGCCCGCUCUUGCCCCUAAACCAGGUGCACCUCCAGUAGCGACCAAGCCUCCCGUACCGGGAGGUAUCCCUAAGCCUCCCCCUCCCCCGCCUAUGCCAGGGCAGGUGAAGAAGCCUGCGGGUGCUGUAGGGCAGAUGGAUUUGGCUGCGGCGUUACAGAGACGGGCGCAGAGAAUUGCGGAUGAUGAUUGAGUGUUAUCAGGAGUUCUUAUGGGUGGUAGUGAGAGGAUGGCGUGUAAUGGAAGAUAGAGGCUGUAUCAUUUUGGAAUUGUAAACAUUGGUUUCCUGUUG